AUGGAUCUGAUGAAAACGACUGUGAAAGAGAGUGUUCUGACAGUGAGUUCCUGCUGUGCCGAUAAGAAGCAUUGCAUCCCUGGACGUCUUUACUGUGAUGGGGAGCCCGACUGUGCAGACCAGAGUGAUGAGACUCCAAACUGCAAAUGCCGUUCAGACCAAAUCCGUUGUGGCAAUGGAACCUGCCUUGGAAUAGUGUUCGUGUGUGAUGGAGUCAACGACUGUGAAGACUAUUCAGACGAAAUCAACUGCACGUGCAAUGCGAACCAGUACAAAUGCAAUAACAGUAACACCGAAUGUUUGGACCCACUCUACGUCUGCGAUGGAGAAACUGACUGUCGCGAUGGAUCUGAUGAAAGCGACUGUGAAAGAGAGUGUUCCAGCAGUGAGUUCCGCUGUGCCGAUAAGAAGCAUUGCAUCCCUGGACAUCUUUACUGUGAUGGGGAGCCCGACUGUGCAGACCAUAGCGAUGAGACUGCAAACUGCCAAUGCCGCUCAGACCAAAUCCGUUGUGGCAAUGGCACCUGCCUUGGAAUAGUGUUCGUUUGUGAUGGAGUCAACGACUGUGAAGACUAUGCAGAUGAAAUCAACUGCACUUGCAAUCCGAACCAGUACAAAUGCAAUAACAGCAACACCGAAUGUUUGGAGCGCCUCUUCGUCUGUGAUGGAGAAACUGACUGUAGCGAUGGAUCUGAUGAAAGCAACUGUGAAAGAGAGUGUUCCAACAGUGAGUUCCGCUGUGCCGAUAAGAAGCAUUGCAUCCCUGGACGUCUUUACUGUGAUGGGGAGCCCGACUGUGCAGACCAGAGCGAUGAGACUCCCAGCUGCCAUUGCCUCCCAGAGCUGCAACUUCCUUGUGGCAAUGGGACCUGCCUGGCCAAGGACAGCUUCUGUGAUGGAGUCAAUGACUGUGGGGACUAUUCUGAUGAGACCAACUGCAGUUGCUCUCCAAGCCAAUUCACGUGCAGGAGCAGCAGGCUGUGCGUGGACUCGAUGUUUGUUUGUGAUGGAGAAACGGACUGCAGUGAUGGAUCUGAUGAAAUUGGCUGUGAUAUAGAGUGUGCAGUGAAUGAGUUCCUUUGUGCUAACAAGAAGCAAUGCAUCUCUGGGCGGUUUUACUGCAAUGGGGAGCCGGACUGCAUGGACAAGAGCGAUGAGACUCCGAACUGCAAGUGCCACGCAGACCAACAGCUGCCUUGUGGUAAUGGGACCUGCCUGGCAAUGGAGAGCUUCUGUGAUGGAGUCAACGACUGUGGAGACUACUCAGAUGAGGCCAACUGCACUUGUUCACCAAUUCAGUUCACAUGCAGGAGCAGCAGGCUGUGCGUGGACUCAAUGUUUGUUUGUGACGGAGAAACUGACUGCAGUGAUGGAUCAGAUGAAAUUGGCUGCGAUAUUGAGUGUGCAGUGCGUGAGUUCCGAUGUGCUAACAAGAAGCAAUGCAUACCUGGAUGGUUUUAUUGCAAUGGAGAGGCCGACUGUGCAGACCAGAGCGAUGAGACUCCCAGCUGCCAUUGCAUCCCAGAGCUGCAAAUGCCUUGUGGAAAUAGGACCUGCCUGGCAAUGGAGAGCUUCUGUGAUGGAGUCAAUGACUGUGGGGACUACUCAGAUGAGGCCAAUUGCACUUGCUCUCCAAGCCAAUUCACGUGCAGGAGCAGCAGGUUGUGUGUGGACUUGAUGUUUGUUUGUGAUGGAGAAACGGACUGCAGUGAUGGAUCUGAUGAAAUUGGCUGUGAUAUAGAGUGUGCAGUGAAUGAGUUCCUUUGUGCUAACAAGAAGCAAUGCAUCUCUGGGCGGUUUUACUGCAAUGGGGAGCCGGACUGCAUGGACAAGAGCGAUGAGACUCCGAACUGCAAGUGCCACGCAGACCAACAGCUGCCUUGUGGUAAUGGGACCUGCCUGGCAAUGGAGAGCUUCUGUGAUGGAGUCAACGACUGUGGAGACUACUCAGAUGAGGCCAACUGCACUUGUUCACCAAUUCAGUUCACAUGCAGGAGCAGCAGGCUGUGCGUGGACUCAAUGUUUGUUUGUGACGGAGAAACUGACUGCAGUGAUGGAUCAGAUGAAAUUGGCUGCGAUAUUGAGUGUGCAGUGCGUGAGUUCCGAUGUGCUAACAAGAAGCAAUGCAUACCUGGAUGGUUUUAUUGCAAUGGAGAGGCCGACUGUGCAGACCAGAGCGAUGAGACUCCCAGCUGCCAGUGCAUCCCAGAGCUGCAACUGUCUUGUGGCAAUGGGACCUGCCUGGCAAAGGAGAGCUUCUGUGAUGGAAUCAACGACUGUGGGGACUACUCAGAUGAGGCCAACUGCACUUGUUCACCAAUUCAGUUCACAUGCAGGAGCAGCAGGCUGUGCGUGGACUCGAUGUUUGUUUGUGAUGGAGAAACGGACUGCAUUGAUGGAUCAGAUGAAAUUGGCUGCGAUAUCGAGUGUGCAGUGCAUGAGUUCCGCUGUGCUAACAAGAAGCAGUGCAUACCUGGAUGGUUUUGUUGCAAUGGAGAGGCCGACUGUGCAGACCAGAGCGAUGAGACUCCCAGCUGCCAUUGCAUCCCAGAGCUGCAAAUGCCUUGUGGAAAUAGGACCUGCCUAGCAAUGGAGAGCUUCUGUGAUGGAGUCAAUGACUGUGGGGACUACUCAGAUGAGGCCAAUUGCACUUGCUCUCCAAGCCAAUUCACGUGCAGGAGCAGCAGGUUGUGUGUGGACUUGAUGUUUGUUUGUGAUGGAGAAACGGACUGCAGUGAUGGAUCUGAUGAAAUUGGCUGUGAUAUAGAGUGUGCAGUGAAUGAGUUCCUUUGUGCUAACAAGAAGCAAUGCAUCUCUGGGCGGUUUUACUGCAAUGGGGAGCCGGACUGCAUGGACAAGAGCGAUGAGACUCCGAACUGCAAGUGCCACGCAGACCAACAGCUGCCUUGUGGUAAUGGGACCUGCCUGGCAAUGGAGAGCUUCUGUGAUGGAGUCAACGACUGUGGAGACUACUCAGAUGAGGCCAACUGCACUUGUUCACCAAUUCAGUUCACAUGCAGGAGCAGCAGGCUGUGCGUGGACUCAAUGUUUGUUUGUGACGGAGAAACUGACUGCAGUGAUGGAUCAGAUGAAAUUGGCUGCGAUAUUGAGUGUGCAGUGCGUGAGUUCCGAUGUGCUAACAAGAAGCAAUGCAUACCUGGAUGGUUUUAUUGCAAUGGAGAGGCCGACUGUGCAGACCAGAGCGAUGAGACUCCCAGCUGCCAUUGCAUCCCAGAGCUGCAAAUGCCUUGUGGAAAUAGGACCUGCCUGGCAAUGGAGAGCUUCUGUGAUGGAGUCAAUGACUGUGGGGACUACUCAGAUGAGGCCAAUUGCACUUGCUCUCCAAGCCAAUUCACGUGCAAGAGCAGCAGGCUGUGUGUGGACUCGAUGUUUGUUUGUGAUGGAGAAACGGACUGCAGUGAUGGAUCUGAUGAAAUUGGCUGUGAUAUAGAGUGUGCAGUGAAUGAGUUCCUUUGUGAUAACAAGAAGCAAUGCAUCUCUGGGCGGUUUUACUGCAAUGGGGAGCCGGACUGCAUGGACAAGAGCGAUGAGACUCCGAACUGCAAGUGCCACGCAGACCAACAGCUGCCUUGUGGUAAUGGGACCUGCCUGGCAAUGGAGAGCUUCUGUGAUGGAGUCAACGACUGUGGAGACUACUCAGAUGAGGCCAACUGCACUUGUUCACCAAUUCAGUUCACAUGCAGGAGCAGCAGGCUGUGUGUGGACUCGAUGUUUGUUUGUGAUGGAGAAACGGACUGCAGUGAUGGAUCUGAUGAAAUUGGCUGUGAUAUAGAGUGUGCAGUGAAUGAGUUCCUUUGUGCUAACAAGAAGCAAUGCAUCUCUGGGCGGUUUUACUGCAAUGGGGAGCCGGACUGCAUGGACAAGAGCGAUGAGACUCCGAACUGCAAGUGCCACGCAGACCAACAGCUGCCUUGUGGUAAUGGGACCUGCCUGGCAAUGGAGAGCUUCUGUGAUGGAGUCAACGACUGUGGAGACUACUCAGAUGAGGCCAACUGCAGUGAGUUUAAUGUCUUUCCAAUUGAAAACAAUGAACAAUUAAAUAAGUCGUAUUACAUAAACUAUUCAUGA